AUGUGUCCUAUCUGUAAGACAGAUAGAUAUCUAUCUCCAGAUGUUAAGUUCUUAGUUAAUCCUGAGUGUUACCAUAAGAUUUGUGAAUCUUGUGUCGAUCGUAUUUUCAGUUUAGGUCCAGCACAAUGUCCAUAUAAGAGGUGUGACAAAAUUUUAAGAAAGAAUAAGUUCAAGACUCAAGUAUUCGAUGAUGUUGGUGUUGAAAAAGAAGUUGAUAUCAGGAAACGUGUGUUCAAUGUUUUUAAUAAGACUUUAGAAGAUUUUGAUGGGAAUUUAGAGGAAUUUAACAAAUAUCUUGAAGAGAUGGAAGAUAUAGUUUACAAUUUAGAUCACGGUGUUGAUGUUGAAAGGACAGAGGAAAAGUUACGAACAUAUGAAGAACUUAACAGACAAUUGAUUAUAAAUAAUAUCGAGAGAAGCAAACAAGAAUUACAGAAUUUUGAACAGAAGCAACAAUUUGAGAAAGAAAUGAAAUUGAAGAAAAGACUACUAGAGAAACAGAUUGCAGAAGAAGACAGAUUCAAUAAAGAAUGGGCUAAAAAGGAAAUUGUCAAUAGAUUAGCCACAAGUGAGAAUGCAGAUGAAGUUAUAGAAGGUGUUAAGAAUACAGUUAGAUUAAAGAAAUCAUCUGCCCGUAGAAAGUUAGAAGAGAUAAACAGGGUAUUAAAGAAUAAUCCAUAUUUAGCCUCAACAGCUGGAGCAGCAGGUAGAAAAAAGAAUGCUAUACCAUUAACACCAUUUAACGGUGACAGAGAUCUAUCUAAACGCUAUACAUUGGCCGAAUCAUUAUAUAGUGAUCCAUUUAUCAAAGACUUACAAAAUAGAAAAGAAUAUAUUGCAUCUGGGUUCAGAACUGAUUUUGUAUAUGACAGAGUGUUAACUGAGGCGUUCAUGGGGCUGGGAUGUGUAAUAGGGGAAGAAUUACAAACCUCUUAA